UCCAGACACGGAACAACUAUUGGUGUGGAGGUUCCAGCUUCUGAGGCGUGGGAGGCUGCUGAGGCGGCAGGUUGUAGAUUCGGGUCUUGGCCCCAAGGGGAUCUCCCCGGGGCCAUUAGGACCCAAGGGAGACAGGAGACCCCCGCGGAGGCGGCUGAGGGGCCGAACCCCGUCACCGGUCCUCUCAGCGGGGAGGGGGCGGCGGGGGGGGGCAGAAGCGGCGACCGCCGGGCUGAGGUGGCUCGGCGACCGGAGCAUGGGGAGGGCUGGACGAGGCUCCCGGGCGCGGGGAGUUAGGUCCGCUGUCAGCCCGCGGCUCGGAGCUCCUCAAAACUCGCGCCGCAGGGGCCGCCGCGGCGUCCGGCUCCCGUCCGGGCUGGACUCGGACAGCUAGCAGGAUGGGGCCAGCCCCUGCCUAGCUGCCUCCCCUGCCUCCCCCUCGGCCCGCGCGCUCUCCCCCCCACCGCGCUCCUCUCGCUCCCCCGCCCCGUCCCGCGACCCUGCUGCCCCCCGCCCCGUGUCACCCCUUUUUUGGUUCCCCGCCGCCGCCCCGGCUUGUCCCGUCUCUCGCCCCUCCCUCUGAUCGCCGCCCGCCGCCCUCUCGUCCUCUCACUUGUCCAUCCGCUUCCUUUAUUCUCUCCCCCGCCACCCCAGGCUCGCCAUCCUCCCGCUCCCUCGCUCGCCUCCCGCUCCAUCCUCAUCCUCCACCUCCCCCCGCCCGCCCCUCGGGCUUCGCCCCGCCCCCGCCUCCGCCCCUUAGCCCCCGCCCCCAGCUGCCAGUCCCCAGCCGCUCAGUCCUGCAGCGAGAGUCUUGGGAGUCCAUAGCUAAGCGCCCACGAGCCCGAGCCCUGCUCGCCGUGCCCGCCCUGCGAGUCCCGCGCAUGGCUCACGAGAAAAUGGACCUGGACUUGGAGUCUGACACCCUGGAAGGCGCCACCAUGAAGCGCUCCAGCAGCGCUCCCCUCAUCCAGGGGCUCAGUGAUCUUUCACAGAUUUUUCAACCUUGUUCAUUCCGGCCUCGGAGGAAUAGUGCAACAGUGAUGAGCCAUUACAGUCUGUUGCUGUCAUCCACACCUAAACGUAUUCCUAAUAGCAGACUGCAUCAAAUCAAAUGGGAGGAAGGUAUGAACAUGAUGAGAGAGACUGCACAUGAAAGGGAAGUGCAAGCAGCAAUGCAGAUGAGCCAUUCGUGGGAUGAGAGUUUGAGCCUGAGUGAUAGUGAUUUUGAGAAGUCGGAGAAAUUAUACUCUCCUAAAAGGAUUGACUUUACUCCAGUGUCUCCUGCCCCAUCACCCACCAGAGGAUUUGGAAAGCAGUGCUAUUCACCAUCCUUACAAAUGUUUGUGGGCAGCAGUGGACUACCGUCGAGUUCAUUUCCUAGUCCAAGACGCUUUUCCAGGAGCCACAGUCCAGUCAAAUGCAUCAGGCCCAGUGUUCUUGCUCCGAUUAAAAGAAAGGGUGAGAUGGAGACUGAAAGCCAGCCCAAGAGAGUUUUCCAAGGCUCGAACACAUUGCUGACCACAGACACUAAACAGUUGUCUGAACUCAGUUCAUGGUGGUGUUAUCAAGGAGAAGAAAUCCCUGCCUUGACCAGAUGUGUGGAGCACCUCCAAAUGAAUGAAUAAAUGUUCCUUACACACAAACUGCUGUGUAUAAAAGUAUUCAUGGAGCUUAACAGCUUGUCUCGGGUGUUAUUAAAAGGCUUGAGGUGCCUUGGGGUACAGUGUUGUGCUGUAAAGGUAGGAUAGAAAAGUGGGCUUUCUGUGUCUGAUUGUCACACGCUGUUUCAAUUGCUGCAUUUUCUUGCAACUUCUUUUGUCACUUAAUUUGUUUUGUCAUGUGGUGUGUGGUGCUGCUGAGUGUGUUCUUGGUCGUUGUGUUACCACCAGAAGCCAAAUUUGGCUCUUGCUCAUGCUGCCUUUAGGGAAGGGCAGCUUAAUAUCUACAAGGAAGCUUUUAGGAGUUGAAAAACUCAACGUUGUUGUGCACCCUGCUUUUUAAGAAGCUAUUUGAUCUGUGAACAGUGUGUACCUGGUUGUAAGUCUGAGGUGUACUAAGUUAAUUCAUUUUCCAAAGAGGAAAAUCCUGGUGGGGCCUGUGUAAUCUGGUGUUAUUUAUUCUUUGAAACUAUGUGAAAAUGUCUGUUGUGAUUUUUGUUCAGACCUUGGGGUUGGAUUGUCUGUAUUUAAUAUGCAAAUUCAUGUGCUCCGAUCACAAUGAUUUUAAGAUUUAUAAGAAGUAAAAAGUAUUGCAUUUGUGUCUUUUGAAGGCAAAGAUCUUUGAAUUUUAAAGGAAGGAGAUGAGUUUUGAGGAUACUCAACAGACUAAUGAUAUGAAAUAGCUUGAAGGAAAACCUAUUCUCUUUGUACUGUAAGAGAGUAUCAGUUAGCUUGCAGUAAAUAGUUCUGAAAUAGUUCGGGUGUGUUGUUUAUUUUAAAUGGUGAUAACUGCCAUAAUGGCCAUUAAUGGCUUUAUUUCUUGUAUUGCUUUCACCUGUGCAAAACCCAGUCACCUCCUUCAAGACUAACAAGUGUAUAUACUGUGAAGAUUUUCCCCUAAAAUGCUGUUUUAAAGAAAAAUUGCUCCCAUGGCAUUCAGUGUACUUAGUCUGUUUGAGAAAGAGCCACGUUAAGGUGUUUUUGCCUAAAUAAUACUAAGAGACCAUUUUCUGGUACAGGAUAUUUCGCCACCUUCACACUACUAUUAUCUUUGCCUUAAAAAGAUGCUUUCCACCAUUCUUCAGUGGACUCUAAUUUAGGACUCUCAAGAAAUAACCUUUGGGAUGUGAGAAAUUUAGUUUAUUUCAAUAUAUUUUUGCAAUUCAAUGGCGAGGUAGAAUUGGAUCAGAAAACGAAAUUGUUCAACAGAUAUGAGAACUAGGAGGCAAGAUGAUACACAUUAUUUCAACCCAGAUUCAUUUUUAUUGUUAGAACUGACUAGAAAAUUAAGUUUGUGCAGGAAUUAUUUUGAAAUUGAUAAAAAGAGACAUACUAACCUUCAGGUAAGCUUUGUUGAUGGUAACACUUUAUUUUUAUAUAAAGUCUAAUAUUUGAAAGGUAAUCAUUGUUAUAAAGCCAAAUUCUCUUUUCCUAUUCUAAUAUUAUAUUUCAAACUUCUAUUUGAAAAGAAGUACAAGAAGGUGAUACAAUAAGAAAAUCCUAUAGAUGCUCUUUCUGCUUGACUGACUUAUGUAAUCACUUUCAUAACUGCUUUUGGAAUAAUAUGAAGUUUUGUGAAAUGCUGACCUUGUGUAUCUCUUAGAAUUUAAAUUUAAUAAAGUGUGUAUACAUGC